CACAUAACCAAGCUUUCACGGAUUUUCUCCAGCUAUAGUUUUUCUCUGCUCUAAGUCCUGUUCUUCGCAAAGGACAUGAAUCUCUUCCGCCUGCCAUGGAGAGCGUUGUUCACAUACUUGCCCGGUUUUUCAUCCGCUUCGCUCCCCAGCGCUGGCUUGUUGGUCUUUGCAAGUACUUAGAUCGCAAGCAGAAUCCCAUCAAAAAGGACACUCCCCCUGUUGUCAGGCUUCCGGGGGGUAUCGUCGUUAAGUUCGGCCCUACUGCUACCCCAGGCGAAACAGCAACACAGCAAUAUGCCUACCAGCAUCUAGAUCCCAAGAUUGUUCGCGUGCCACAGGUUUAUCGUUACUUCCAGUGCCAGGAUCCUUCUGAACCAGUGUGGCUCUUUGGCUAUCUUUUCAUGGAGUACAUCCCGGGCAAGACAUUAGAUGAACUUGAUGUUGAGGUUUACAAGGACAUGACAGAACGCCUUGCCGGCAUCGUCAGCCAUCUCCAUAGCGUGCGAGGAAGAAACGUCCCUGGCCCUGUGGGUGGUGGGGUGCCUCGAGGCAAUAUCUGGGGCUACCAUGACGCUGAGACUGAAUUUGGUUCUGUGGAAGACCUCAAUGCAUGGGUCAACAGACGGAUUGCCGUCAUCAACAAGUCUGUCGACUUUAGAUCAUAUCCUCUGGUGCUCUGUCAUUUGGACAUGUGUCGUCGCAAUAUCAUCCUCAUGGAAGACGGCUCUCUUUGUCUUCUGGACUGGGCCUUUGCAGGUUUUCUCCCGCGAAUCUACGAGGUCGCCGCCAUUGAGUUUUACUUUGAUGAAUACUCUGAGAUGUUUCGUCAAGUUGUGAACGAGACUACUGUGUUGACGGACCAGGAGAAGAAAGACUUGGUUUUAAUCAAGAGAGCUCGAGCUGCGAGCAUGCGUUGCGCGUUCAAUUGAUGCGCCAAUACGAGUGAAUAUCCUCCCGUCAAUCCAGAUGUUUCCUCUUCUCGCUUCGGUGACCGGUGGGAACCCAAGCGCGCUACACGAAUACUCCUGGGACUAUCGGGCUCAAUUCGCGUGCUUAGCCUUUGGAGUAAUUAUACUCAAUGUCCUCGUAGGCCUGGCUCACUCUGGUUGGGCUAGCCGGGUCGAUAUAGCCAGCGUCCUCCAUAUCUUCGAGCAUCGUCUUACUGGUGCGGGUUAGUUAAUGCAACUCAU